AUGAUACAAUAUGCUGUUGCCGACUGCACCGCCGUCACCAAACUUUAUUUUAUGAUAUAUCCAUCGAACUCAAGCAUUCGAACAAGUUAUGAAACACCAACAACAGCAUCAACAAACAUUACAUUAAAUAUUGAUAAUUUAUCUGACAUUAGUAAUGAUGAAGAACCUCAAAUAUUAAUGCCAAGAUUUGACAAAGAACCUCAAAUAUUAAUGCCCAGAUUUGAUCAACCACCUCAAAUAUUAAUGCCAAAAUUUGAUGAAGAACCUCGAAUAUUAAUGCCAUACUUUGAUAAACCACCUCAAAUAUUAAUAUCAAAAUUCGACGAACAAAAUUACUUAACAAUUGAAACAACCGAAGAAGAAAUGAACGAAUUUAAUGCACAAGAACAACAACAAGCACAAGAACAAACAACAACAACAAGAUUAUCCAAAUCGGAAAAACAAAGAAAGAAAAACCUGAAGGCUCAAUUAUGUGAUGAUAAUAUAUAUACAAGCCAUCAAAUUAGAAUAAAUCGUAAAUAUAAUGAAGUUAUUAUUGGCUUCAAAUCUCGACAACAAUUAGAACGUGCAAGAAAUAUUAUGAAAAUUAAUUAUUUCUCAAAAAAUCAAUAUAUUGAACGAUGGGGGUAAGAAAAAAAAAAUAAUAUAAAAAUAAAAAAAAAAAAAAAUAACAACAAAAAUAAUAAUAAAAAAUUUAAAUAAAUAAAUAAACAAAAUAAACAAAGCGUAAAAACAAAUAAAUAUUAGCGACGUUUAUAAGAACUUACAACCACCAACCAAAACAACACAAUCAUUUUUCAAUCAACAGAUUCAUUACAAUGAUAAUCAAACAUUACUUAAAUAUUGUCGAUGAAUGAAUCUGGUCGUAUUGAAUAAUCAACUAUUAUUAUAUGAUUACAAACAACUUAUGAUGCUAAAGACUGAUACAAUAUAUAUAUAUAUAUAUAUCAAUAUGAAGAUUUAGCAUGUCCAAUGUAUGCACCAAUCAUCAUCAAUUACUUAUUAAUGUCAAUGUUAAAAUAAGUUAUAUUUAUGUUUCGGAAAUGACUCUAAACUGAACGUAUUCAACAUGAUGAUGUUAUACUAUCAACAUAAACGUGAUAUAUAUAAGUGAUUACCUAUAGAAAUAAUUCAAAAAAAAAAAAAAAAAAAAAAAAAAUUAAAAUUAAAUAAAAAAAAUUUUUUUCUCAUUUUGUACACAAUACCAAAUAAACAACAUCAACAAAUCAUACAAUAAGUGGGAAUAAAUAAGAAAUUGUACUUUAGUAACCAGGACAAGCAACAAUCAAUUAAAUAAUGAUGAUAUCACUUAUUCAAAUAAUUCUUGGUGCUUUAUUGGACUUGUCGACUCGAAUAAUGACUAAUCUAUUCAUUCAAACUAUAAUGAAUUUAUUCAUACAACAUAAAUUAAAUCAUUAUUAUUUAUUCGAAAGAUUCUUGAUCCAUCUAGUGCACCAACUAUGAAUUUACUUAUUUGAAUAAUCAUUAAUAUGUUUACCUAAAUUACUCCGAAGUUAUUAAUUCGAAUGAUUAUUAAUAUAUUUUCUUUGAAUAACUAUGAAUAAUAAAUUUAGCCAUUGAACGAUCAUUAAUGUAUUCAUUUGAACAUAUUAAAAUUAUUUUGUCUAUCGAACAAUUAUUAAAUUUUAUUUAUUUAAGUACUAUGACUUUAUCGUGUCCAAUAUGUCUUGCUCUAUUGAUUGAGACAAUUAUAAAUUUGUCUAUGAAACCCAACAAUAUUAUAUUCAAAUAAAUCAUAUUCAAUUAGAAAUUCGUACUGAAAAAAUCUUUCAAUUAUUAAUUUAUCGAACAACACAUUUAAAUAUUGAUAUCUAAUAUCGUACAUUAGACAAUCAAACGACCCAUAUUGAAUAAUUAGGGAUUGAUUCACCAACAAAUAUACAAUGUU